AUGAGUAACCCACUAGUUCCCGAAAUUCUUGAAAAUACCUUCCUACAACAGCAUUGGUUAGAAACAGAAUUAUUCAUUAUAAGAGAUCAGUUACAUGAGCAGGAAGAAGUCAUGAAAGUAAAACAUGCUAAUGCUGUAAAAAAUGAAAUAGAAGCCCAUGAGGUAUUUAUGGCAAAUCCAGAAAAUAUCAAGAAAUACAACAAUUUUCGAAAGCUGGAACAGAAGUGUGGACAACUGUUUAUUGGCUCAACAAAAUCAUCUGGAAUUACUCACCUUGUUCCAGUUACUGUUGAUGAAGAAGAAAAGCAAACAGCAGAAAGCUCAAUGUCAAACAAGGAAUUGAUAUUGAUAAUCCAAUCAUUGAUUGAGUUGUUGAAUGAAACAAAUUGCCCACAGUUCAAAGGAUUAGCAACGAAAAAGAAAGAUGAAUUAUUGUUGAUUUUGCAGCAAGUUAAAGACCUUCACAAAGAAAUAGAAGAGAUUAUUUAA